AUGAAGGAUACCAUGGCUAUCUUCAAAAAAAAUCAGAAAAUAUAUUCUACAGGCGCCUUUGAUCCGCUGAUUCUAGAUGCAGUGACUGGAUUGAGGGAGAUGGCCAGGAUGGCCUAUGGGGAUGAGUUACUCUAUGUUGAGGCGAGGGGAUGGGUGAUCAGCUCUCUUUUCGGAGUAAAUGACGUAGUUGUGAUCUUAGUAAGCAGGGGACUAGAUUCAAAGAAGCUGAAGCAUAUCUACGAGUCGUACCGUGUAUGUGAAGCUUACAAAGACAUUGGACUCAUGGAUAUCCUUCUAAGGAUGUAUGGCAAAAAGGCAGGAGCAGGGAGAUGA